GAAUUUUUCGUAUUUAUGACAUUAAUUGACUUUUCAUGUGAUAAAAUUCAAGUAUAAAAACUCGAGAAAAAAAUUCUCUUGAAAUUUUAAUUUUGCUUUUUGAAUUUUGAAAUAAUUUAAAGUAUCUAUUAUUCAAAAUGAACAAAAUUAUUGGUAUCACCCUUUUUCUUUUCUUCAUUUUUUCAUCUUAUAUCUCGGCAGUUCCAAAUCCUAUGAUAAAACGUCAGGGGGACGGUAGCGAUCCAUUAAGUGGUUUCAAACCUUGUAAUGGAACUACUUAUCCAAUUACUUUUACGAAGUUCAGUUUCGACCCAAAUCCGAUCGUAAUAGGACAGACCUUAACUACGACAGUGGCCGGUACAAGCAAUGAAGAAAUAAAAGAAGGCGCAAUUCAAACAACAUCAGCAUUUUCUAACGGACAAUUAGUAUUUAACCAACAAACUGAUUAUUGUAAAGUGUCAGUUGAACCAACCGGAGCAAAAUGUCCACUUCCACCUGGAGAUUUUGAUGCUUCUAUAACAUCCGUUCCCGCGGCUAGUUCCAAUGAUCCUUCAGGCACUACUUUAUCAUUUGAUGUUGUAUUUAAAAUUAUUAAUCCUGAUAAUACCGAAUUGACAUGCAUGGAAGGACCAUUUAGUAUUACUUUCCCUCCAAAAUAAUUGACGAUAUGAUGUAAUUUAUAAACAUUUUAUUAUCCGAUAUUUAUAGAAUAAUUAUCCGAUGAUCUAAUAUUAUAAAUAUAUAUUAUACACACAAUUAAUUUCUUUUUUUUCACUUUAUUAUUGUUAUGAAAUAUGAGUAGCAAAUUAUUUUAUGACAAUGAAAUUAUUUUUAGUAUUAUAAUUAUUUUUAAAUAAAGUUGUC